CAAGAUGGCGGCUCUGCAGUCGAAGAACUGUGCUGGAGAGACUAACUCCAUCAAGAGAAGACGGAUGCACAAAAGCUUGCGUACGCCGUCUUCACAACUCGGAGACAAAUUGCAGGCGCUAUGAACCGGCGCAAGGACUAAGCACGCCUCAUAAUGAGGCAGUUACCUCCUAUCUGCUCGGAGCAAUAACUGCAAGCCUCGAUUUACACUAUAUUGAUAAAGACGACAUUGUGUCCGCCUGUAAGACGUAUUACGAGACGGUACGCAGGAGCUUCAGAUAUACGCAGCCAGAGAACUCAAUGCGGGCGGAAGCUGCCAAGAAUUCAGCUCGGAGUCGAGCGAGAAGAAAGAGGCUGCAGGAAUCGAGGCAGAACGUGCUAGCUGAUGAGGAAGUGGAACUCUGGAUGUCCGCCACCGUCGACCUCAUGUCUGACGAGGAAGAUGGCGUCGUUGGCGGGGUCUCUGGAUGGAUUGUACCGCCGUCAUUUCGUAGGCCGGAUCUCUCUGAACUCUGUGUGAAGCUGCAGUCCCGGUUAGAGGCGACGUCGAAAUACAAAGCCAUGCACAGCAGGCGUCUGCACAUCGGACCUGCCUCGGAAAGAACGCCGCCAGCAGUUGCCUACAACCCCGAGGAGGCGCACGGGCAGUUCACGGAGUUGUAG